AUGGCUAACCAUGAGUUGAUACUUGGGCAAAGUCACAAUUUAGCACUUGGGCAAAAUCAGCAGGUACUGGGCCACAAUCAUAACCUAGGCCUUGGGCAAAAUCAUGAGUUUGAGAUGGGACAAGCCGACAAUCAUCAUUUAGGUUUGGGACAGGCCAACGAGCAUCAUUUGGGUUUGGGGCAGGCUCAUGACCAUGACCUGGGAUUAGGGCAUGCUCAUGACCAUGAAUUGGGUUUAGGACAGAGCCAUGAGCAAGAAGGGGAUGAUGGUCACAGCUACGGGCAUGGGGAUGAGUUAGGUAUGGAUCGUAAACCUAAUCAUGAUGACCAUGAGUUGGCUCUUCAUCCUCAGAACCAUGAGUUGGGUUUAGUAGAGAACAAUGAGCUGGCUGUCUCAGAGGACCAAGAACUUGAUGAAAAUUUGGAACUAUCUAUGGAUCAUAAUCAUGAAAUGGGGAUAGAAUCUGCCCAUGAUAUGAGUGUCCAGGAAUCCCAGCUUGUACUCAGCUCCAGUCCUGUAAUUCAAGCCCGUAUGGCGAUUGUAAAUCCCAAUUAUGAAUUGGCAGUGGGGCAAGAGUUCCCUGAUGUCAAGAGUUGCCGGAGGGCUCUAAGGGAUACAGCCAUUGCCUUGCACUUUGAAAUGCAGACUAUUAAAUCUGACAAGACUCGCUUCACUGCCAAAUGUGCCAGUGAGGGAUGCCCAUGGCGCAUUCAUGCUGCAAAACUCCCAGGAGUUCCAACUUUCACAAUCAGGACCAUCCAAGAGAAUCAUACAUGUGGAGGAAUUUCUCAUCUUGGCCAUCAGCAAGCCUCAGUUCAGUGGGUUGCAAAUUCUGUGGAGCAACGGCUUAGAGAGAACCCUAAUUAUAAGCCAAAGGAGAUACUGGAGGAGAUUCAUCGAGUUCAUGGUAUCACCUUAUCAUACAAGCAAGCUUGGCGAGGAAAGGAGCGUAUCAUGGCUGCAAUGCGUGGAUCGUUUGAAGAAGGAUAUCGCUUGCUUCCACAAUAUUGUGAACAGCUUAAACGGACAAACCCAGGGAGUAUUGCGUCUGUUUAUGGAAACCCGAAUGAUAACUGCUUCCAGCGUCUCUUCAUAUCAUUUCAGGCAUCAAUUUAUGGUUUCCUGAAUGCUUGUCGGCCCCUCCUUGGGCUUGAUAGGACAUAUUUGAAAAGUAAGUAUCUAGGUACUUUGCUUCUUGCGACCGGUUUCGAUGGUGAUGGUGCUCUCUUUCCUCUGGCAUUUGGGGUUGUUGACGAGGAGAGUGAUGAUAAUUGGAUGUGGUUUCUUUCUGAACUUCAUAAUCUGCUUGAGAUUAAUACAGAAAACAUGCCUAGGCUUACAAUUUUGUCAGACAGGCAGAAGGGCAUUGUAGAUGGAGUUGAAGCAAAUUUUCCUACUGCUUUUCAUGGCUUUUGCAUGCGUCAUUUGAGUGAUAGCUUCCGCAAGGAGUUUAAUAAUACAAUGCUUGUUAAUCUUUUAUGGGAAGCUGCUCAUGUUCUCACUGUAAUUGAAUUUGAAGCAAAAAUAUUAGAGAUUGAAGAGAUAUCACAAGAUGCUGCAUAUUGGAUUAGAAGAAUUCCAGCUCGCUUGUGGGCUACUGCUUACUUUGAGGGAACACGGUUUGGGCAUUUGACAGCUAACAUUGUUGAAUCGCUAAAUACUUGGAUAUUGGAGGCGUCGGGGCUUCCAAUAAUUCAGAUGAUGGAAUUCAUUAGAAGGCAGCUAAUGACUUGGUUCAAUGAGCGUCGAGAGACCAGUAUGCAGUGGACAUCGAUUCUUGUGCCUAGUGCAGAGAGGCGCGUUGCGGAGGCUGAAGAGCGUGCACGCACUUUUCAGGUCCUUCGUGCUAAUGAAGCUGAAUUUGAAGUUAUAUCUCAUGAAGGGACGAAUGUUGUGGACAUUCGGAACCGUUGCUGCCUUUGUCGGGGCUGGCAGCUUUAUGGUUUGCCAUGCGCACACGCUGUUGCAGCACUUAAAUCGUGCAGGCAGCAAGUCAAUCGAUUCACUGAGAGUUGUUUCACAGUUACCACCUAUCGAAAGACAUACUCACAAACAAUACAUCCUAUUCCAGACAAAUCCCUUUGGAUGGAGUUAUCUGAUGGAGAUCCAAAUGCAAGCAACGCUGCUGAGGUUCUCAUCAACCCACCUAAGUCACUCCGCCCACCAGGAAGACCAAGGAAGAAGCGUGUUCGAGCUGAAGACCGUGGCCGUGUGAAGCGAGUUGUGCAUUGUAGUCGGUGCAAUCAAACAGGCCACUUUAGAACAACGUGUGCAGCCCCCAUAUAA